CCCACGUCCCUGACAGCUGGUUAGCUAGCUACAUUACAGUCACCCCUUGCAUUCCUCACUCCUCCGCCGCUCCCCUUCCUUGUUCCCUCUCCGCAUCAUAAUGCGUUGCGACUAAUUCGAACGAUCCGUCAUAUUUGGAUUGCCCAUGUCAUUGGCCGUCCAUCUCUCCGCGCCUACCAAGGCCUCCAGCUUUCGUCUUUCCGGUCGUUCUCCUCCUCCCUACCCAGAAUCAUGUCCAGUCCGAAGCCGCCUCGAGGCGACAGCGAUCGCCACGUCGAUCCUAGCCCACUCGUCGCCGAGCUUGCCAAAGUCUUACCCAACAACUGCAGCUUCACCGUCCACCAUCUCUCGACGCCGCCGACUCCCACCGGCCCUCUCUUCCUCCCCUCCGCAUACCAUGCUACCUCUACUUCGAAAGCAUCCGGCGAUAGUCGCGCGCCGCUCAGAGAGCUACGGCCGAGCAAGCUCCUCAAGACCUACUGCGAACAACAUUUCUUGACGGUUUCCAUCGCCGCCGAACAAGGAGUACCGUCUCGUGGCCAGGUCAUCGUCCUCGGGCUGGAGAUUUACAUAUACACAACUACUUUCUCGACCAUCAUCUUCGUAGCCAAGGCCGACUCGACCGGGUACCUGAGUCUCCUGAACCUCCCGAAAGAUUCUCCCUCUCCGAUUCGCGAAGUUACAACAUGUUUUCUCGCCUUCCUAGUCGCCAAUCGAAAGCGCCCAGCCAAGCAAUUAGUCGUGAAUUUGUUUGCCCGAUCUCAGUCGCAGUACCUCUUCCCGGGGAGCGUGAAGAAUGACGGCAAGCAUGUGCUGGACGACAGAGGUCUCGUGAAGUGGUGGUGUCGUGUGUUCAACACGCUACUUGAAGGCGACGAUUAUUCGGAGACGAGAAGGCCCUGGGAUGGCAUACACGGUUACCUAGUCAUACCCGGGUUGGACAAUUAUGAGACCCGAGCUUUUCUCCCCCGAAGCGCCCUAGCCGCGGCCAAUUGGACAUUAGGCCACCCCUUGGAGGAAAUAUCACCAUACACGAAGGAUCCAAACACUUUCGGCCGUCAUAUCCACCCUAGAUCUCUCAUACCAACUUUUCCAGACGAUCCCAAGGCGCGUUUCGUCGAAGAACUGGAGGAAUCGACUUCGGAAAAGAUCAAAUUGGCAAGCGGGUGGAAGACGCCGAAAACCCUAGAGCAGUUCUGGGAGAUGAUGGCAUUUCGUCAGGAAUGCUCCAGCGGGAGGUUAACUGGAUUCAUAUGGAUCGUUUUCGAGCCUCAAAUCACGCCCAAGAUACUCCCAAUACGCUCUGCCACGGGCAGCCUCGCACCCAACACAACAUCCGACCCACCCACCGAUGGCCAACCGCCUCCCGCCACAUCGCGGCCGAGCCAACAGAACCCUGCCAAACCGGCUCGCGAGAAGCCCCGACGGAAGCGACGGGCCAAGAAGACGCUGAAAGGCCCAAUUAUCACCCGAAAGCCCCAGAUCAAGACGCAGCGGGCCCAAUUUCCCAAACUCACCGAGACGCCUUACUAUUACUGGCCAGAGAAGGGGAGGGGCCAAGUCGUCCUCAACGACAGCAACUACAAGAGGGCCGUCGAACUACUCCUCCAUCUAGAGUUUGGAACGCUGAAUCAGGCGAUCGCGAGCACGGCGCGGUGGACGAAUGAAGUGAACACGGGCGAGAAUUGGGCUUUGGAGGUUGUAGGCGAGCGAACGGUCCCCGCCCCCGCGCCGUCAAUCGCGAAUGGGGCCGUGAAUAACUUGUCGGGCGCGGUACGGCGCAAGCGUGGGUCGGAUGGCGACGACUCGAAAGAUGCCAUCUCCUCUGGGGGAGCGGUUAACACACUGGGUGGGGGACUUGUCCGUAAGAAGGCGAGACUCGAUACCUGUGAUAUAACGGAGACAUCUACGGAAACCCUCGGCCACGAUCCACCUUCGGCCACGAUGGAAUCUAGCAGCAACGUCCUCGGAGCUGGUUUGGUUCGUAAACGGCCCAAAGACGUUUGAUUUCUUCCCGGUUUCUCCCUGUCUCUCUCUCUCUCUAUUUAGCAGCGGUAACGUUUUAUGGACAUGUGGUUACAGGAGGCUGGUGGCACAUCAAGAUGGGCGUUGGAUUGGCAAAUAGGAAUGGAGAACGGGAUGGGAAGGGCCUGUAUGCUACUGUGUUUUAUUAGCACUGGGCCUCGGUGCCUUCAAGCAGGAGGGAAACAUACCAAAAACCAAGAACAGCAUGAGACCCAGGAGAGGUCUAGGCAGGACCUAGCACAGCGACUGACAUGUUGGCUCUCAUGUCGGCGAUUCACGCUUCAGCAUUCGCACCCAGAGUAAUUAAACCCAAACAUAUUACACGCGGAACCCCCAGGUCCGGGUGCACAA